AUAGGAUAUUCGAUGGAGCGAAAUCGUCCGUGUUGGCCGGCCUGGUGGCAAUAACCUCCAGUCAGAGGUGGCAGACAGUUUUCGCACGAUGCGUUUGCCCUCGUGCGCGAUAGAUUAUAAAAUUAGACGUUCGAAACUUCGUACGAAGGAGAAAGAAGCAAAAACACAUCGUUCUCAUGCGGUAAAGAAGGUGGAGACACUGACUGGUGAUAACGAACGAAGGGUCAAGCGACGAAAGGAAUUAAUACAAGUCGGAUGAAUAAUUUCGAGGGUAGACAGCUGUGCAUAGUCAGAAGUGACGUCAGUCGCGUUGGGUUCAUAGUUCCUCUUAUUUUUCUCAUUCGGAGCUGCGUACAGACAUCGCGUGCGAAGGGGCGACAAUGAAAGCGGCAAAUAAGCGAAAAUAAAGAAAAAGCACGUUAAUGACCAAGCGAAAAUAAGAAAAAAAUACAAAGUCAAGUUUUCGAUGAAUGAUAAUUAUCUCACUCGCACUCGUUACAGUGAAAAGAAUCAUCACAAUUUCUAGUCUGUUGCAUUUACAUCGAGAAAUCUUUUUUUUUUCAUUUCUCGAUGAAAUAUUAUUAAAUCGAUUAUAUUUCAAACUGCACGUGCUAUGUAUCAUCGCCAUCGCGGAUCGAAACACGUUCGAUGCGCUCUUAUAACGAUGCGCAUUUAUCGAGCACGCAUCGCAGAUUGUUCGUAAUGCUUCGUCUUAGAAGAUUUGAUAAUUUCAUUAAAUAGUUAUCGUGCAAAGAUACACGAAAAAAAAAAAAAAAGAAAGAAAAGAAAAAAAUAACAUUUCAUAAUUCAGCAGUUUAUUUUAAACACUGAGAAUGAGACUGAAAUUCAAUUAUUAAAUCUUUUAGUCGAUUAAUUUAUUUGAGGCGGACGAGUUCGUUGAAAAGUAAUUACGGAAUCGGCAAGUUUGACCAAAUUUACUUCUACAUUAUAAAUAUUAUAUAGAGAUAUAAACUAAAUUCAUAUAAAUCUGCAAAUCCUUAGAACAAGAGAAAUACGACAAGCAAUAAACGAUUGCUUUUAAAAUUAGGAUAUUAGUCUCGACGAACCAACAUGUUUUUUAUCCAAACGACAAUACAUCGUGACACGUUAGAACGAACGAUAAUAGUUGAAAUUGCAAAAAAAGAAAGAUAUUAAAGGGAAAAAAAGGGGCGUUCGCGAUCGAUGCACUUCACCCUGUUGAAUUGUAUCUGUACGAGUAAUCAUCCAAUGAUUGGUUAUUUCGUUUUCUUUGAUACACGACCUAUCGGUCUGUCCGAGAAGAAACGACACACGCUUCAAUAUCAUCGUCAAAUGGACACAAAUGACUAGCUUAACAUUAUCUUCGAGCACGUUCGAGAUGCCCCGGUCUAGAUCAAAACUGUUCGUACCCGCGAACGCGAUCUCAACACAGACGUACAACACACCAUCAAGUGAGAACAAUCAUCUUCCACCCUUGAAGGGUAGCGCAUUGGCACUGAAGCAGCCUGCAAGCGAGUCGUCGCCUAGUUACUUGACCCGAACCAGUCACAUGGCCGGUACUCAUCUUCCGAGUUUAAGUUCCAGCGCCAACAACAGCUUGCUCAGCCUGACCGGGAACUCCGAUAGCUUGAACCUGAGCCUGAGUUCGCACACGAGCCACAACUCGAGUCACAACUCGAGCCAUAAUUCGAGCCACAAUUCGAGUCAUAAUUCGAGUCACAACAAUUCCAGUCAUAACUUCACUCAUAAUUCCAGUCAUAAUUUCAGUCACACCACCGCUCACGAGUCACAACACGCGCAGUCGAAUAGCCAAUCAAGCACCGCGUCAGUGGUGAAGAAUGGAUGUUCGAACGGAAGUUCCUGCGGCAGCGGUAUCCGCAAGCCGAAGACUAUCAUCGCCACACCGGACGUCGUGUUGAAGAUCUACGUGGACAAACUGACACCGUACGAGCACCACGAGAUUUUCAAUUAUCGGCAUAUAUAUUUUAUUGGGGCGAACGCGAAGAAGAGGCCGGGGAUAAUCGGUCGACCUCAUAACAAUGGCUACGACAACGAACAUGGUUCCUACAUCCACGUGACGCAUGAUCACGUGGCCUAUAGGUACGAGGUGUUGAAGGUGAUCGGUAAAGGUUCGUUCGGUCAGGUUGUAAAAGCGUACGAUCACAAAAAGCAGGAGCAUGUCGCCCUGAAGAUGGUGAGGAACGAGAAGAGGUUCCAUCGUCAGGCGCAGGAGGAAGUGAAGAUAUUGAGGAAGCUACGCGAACAGGAUAAGGACGACACGAUGAAUAUCAUUCAUAUGUUCGAUUCGUUCACGUUCCGUAACCACAUGUGCAUCACCUUCGAAUUACUCGGUAUUAAUCUGUACGAGUUGAUCAAGAAGAACAAGUUCCAGGGGUUCAGCAUGCAGCUUGUGAAGAAGUUCGCGCAUUCGCUGCUACAGUGCCUCGAUGUUCUCUACAAGAACAGGAUCAUACAUUGCGACAUGAAGCCGGAGAAUGUUCUCUUGAAGCAGCAGGGACGCAGUGGUAUCAAGGUGAUAGACUUUGGUUCGAGCUGCUACGAGAACCAACGCGUCUACACGUACAUUCAAAGUCGCUUCUAUCGCGCGCCAGAGGUGAUCCUGGGUGCAAAGUACGGUAUGCCAAUCGACAUGUGGAGCCUCGGUUGCAUCUUGGUGGAGCUGGUUACCGGUUUCCCGCUGCUGCCAGGCGAAGACGAGUCCGACCAGCUGGCCUGUAUCAUCGAGUUGCUAGGCAUGCCGCCGCCUCAGCUGUUAGAAUCCGCGAAACGGUGUAGGCAGUUCAUCAGCUCAAAGGGUUAUCCACGCUAUUGCACCGUUAUAACGAUGUCCGACGGUUCGAUCGUGUUGAACGGCGGUUUCUCCAGGAAAGGCAAAGACCGUGGCCCGCCCGGCUCCAGGGAUCUGAGGCAGGUAUUGAAAAAUUGCGACGAUCCAUAUUUCCUGGAUUUCAUUCACCGCUGCCUGAAAUGGGACCCGGAACAGCGUAUGACACCUGGCAAAGCGUUGAAACACAGAUGGCUGCGCCGUAGAUUGCCAGAGCUUCCAAAGAAAACGAACGACGCUUUGCCCGCGUUACCGGCAGCCUCUGCGCCGCCUACCUCCGCUUCCGGCCUCCGUACUUCCGCGUCCGGUAGCAAAAGUUCGACCAAGUCGAACACGUUGCAGACCAACAAUACGGAGAACACGAACAAGGUGAAGCAGUUGAACGACAUCUUCCAUACCAUGUCUACCAUAUACUCGGCAUUGCAACGUAACGACGGUGGAAGAGGAAGAGGAAGAGAUCAAACGGUGGCAACCAAUCAUCAAGCGACCGUCAGCAGUCAUCCGUCGCUGAACUCUAUUAGUGGUGAUGCUAGUAGUGGUGGUGGUGGUGGUGGUGGUGGUGGUGACGGUAGUAGCAGUAGUACUAGUGGUAGUCAGCAGCAAUCGCAGCCACAGCAACAACAACAGCAGCAGCAACAACCACAACAACAGCAAGCUCAACAGCAGCAACAGCAUAGUCACCAAUUGCAAACGAAACAGCAGCACAACAACGGUUCGCACGGAUCUCACGGGUCCCAUGGAUCCCAAGGAUCGCAUGGUUCUCAUGGAUCCCACGGAUCCAACGGAUGGAGCAUAUCGUUUCUCGAGUGGCUCGAGACGGUGGACAAUGAUUAGCAAGGACAUUAUCGAGCAACUGAGACGAUUCAUCGAAACACGAGAUCCCUCUUAUUACUUUUUUCUAACACGUUUACCGUGGUCGAUGUUGCCGUGAUCGCUGACCUCGUGUCUCGCUGAUUUGUCGGAUCAGAUUGUCGGACCGACUAUCUUCACGAUGUCGUCUUUCGACACGCGUUGUGAAUACCCGUUGUCGAACGACACCGAGAUAUUAACGGUG